ACACUUUCGGAACUUUAAAAGAGAUAGAUAUACAGAUAAAACUUAGUGGAAAAAAGAUGAGAAAGAACUAGUGCAGCCAGUUCAGCAAUAGAAAACAGACCCUAUAAAUGCAGGCAUGGCCACUCUCAUUCUUCUUUCUGCUAGUAGUCAUUGUUGACACCCGAGUAUCUAAGUGGUACGACCAAACAAGUUUUGUUUAUAAAGUACGAAAAAUAGCAAAUAAACUAACAGAUUAAAAGUGUAAAAAUAACAAUGGAAGAGAAAACAUAUAACAAUGAAAUAACAAUGGAAGAGGAAGUAUAUAAUAAUAUAAUAAUGGAGGAUGAAGCAAUUAAAGAAGUAAUGGAAGAGGAAAUAGAAGAUAUUAAAAAUAUACACGAAGAGAAAAUGAACAUUCGCAAGUUGUUUCAUAAGACUCCUAUUAAGAGAUAUGAUUAUAGAUUGGAAUAUGACUAUGAAUCACCUCAGGAUGAAAGACGUCGAGUCUUAUUGAAACAUCAGAAGAAGUCCAGAGAAGAUACAGUCAACACUGCACGUGGUAUAUUACAAAUAUUUUCUAAGAUUACACAAAGGAGAAAUUUGCGAGUGAUGCUGUCAGAAUGGAUGUUAGAUAUACCAGAGAAGUUCACAGAGGAAUGGUUUAUGAUUCCAUGUCCAGUAGGAAGACGAAUAUUAUUAGUAGCAAGCGAAGGCAUAACUAAAGCAUACAAUAAGACAGGACAACGUGUUAGUAUCUUUCGCUCAGCACUUCCGGGUGGAAAUCAUAAAUAUCGCAAGUCACAGUACACCAUUAUAGAUUGCAUUUGGAUGGAUAGUCAGAAAACGUAUUACGUAUUGGACGUAUUGACAUGGGCCAGCCUUCCAACUAUGCUUUGUGAGGCCGAAUGUAGACGAUUUUUAGUGAAUUCUCAUCUGCACGAUAUAGAAGAGUUGAAAGAAGCUGACCACAAAAUAAACAAAUACUCCAUUUUACCUUUACCACACGUUUACUGUAAUACAGAUCUAAGUAAGGCUUUAACACAAUGUGACCAAUACCCUCUGGAUGGAUUAUUGUUUUAUCAUCGUAACGGAUAUUACAAGUUUGGUCGUUCACCGCUAGUCGUGUGGUUGAAGCCAUUUAUGUUACCUGAGGUACUUGGUAUAUUUGUGCCUUCACCACACGAUGAGAAACCAGAUGGCUAUAUAGAUUACAAACAUUACAUUUGCCAACAUACACAGACCGAGCAUAGGAAAAAGUUCUUUCAAGAUUAUUUUCAAAUAGCUAUGGAAUGCACUUAAAAACGCCUGAACAAGUAAGAUGUCUAUUAGAAAUUUAUGCUAUCUAAGAAGACAUUUGUAUUGUCAUGUUCAUUGUAUACAACAUUUUGUUAUUGGUUCAGCACAUUAACAAUAUGCUGAACUUAUAUAUUAGUCAAAUUGUAUAAAUUAGACCAAGAGUUUUUUUUAUGUAGGCUUUAUUUUCAUAGAUUGUUUAAUAGGCAUAACUAGCCUAUUAUAAUACUACUAUAAUAUUAUACUGAAUUAUUUCCAUUUGAGUGAUGUGUAUGAACAAUAGUGUAUUACAUGAUACACUUUCUAACAUGUAUCACAUCAGUUUGGUGUGCUGUCGUAUGUUGAAAAGGAUCGUUUACAAUGUAGUCGUAGUUAUAUAGUUAUGGUCGAUUUUUUCAAUCUCUUAUAGUAAACUAAUUAGAAAUUAAAUUAUAUCUGUCUUUUUUGCGAAUUAGAUAGACAUGAUUUAACUGUUGGUUAGUUUACCAAGAGAUUGAAAAAAUCGGCCCUUAAAGUCGUAGCACUAAUCUACAUCAAUCAUAUAUUUCUUUUACGUAAACUCGUAAAAAAUAAAAAGUUCCAUCGACGUAUACAACAAAACUUUUGAUGUUUUACGAAUUUACGUGAAAAAUAUAAAUACGUGAUCUCGAUUCACGGACUACGACUUAAAGACGUAACUGCGACUGCAUUGUAGACGAUCCUUUAGAAGCAACUACGAAACGAUCAAUGUGAAGUGCAUAGAUCCAAAUGUACAAUUAUUUCUAUAGCCAGUGGAUACAGAAGACGUGGCUACAUCUUAACCUCGAUAAAUUUUGCAAUGCAUCCCGUAUUUACGAUAGAAAAAAUAUAAGUUCUAAAGAAAGCUCAUUUCGCGAUUGUAUACAGAAAAUACAAUCAUAAAAAAGAUAGUAUUAAAUAUAAAAAUUGCGUUUGAUCAUUUGCUAACUGUACAUUCUUUAUCUUCAUAUAAAACAAAUUUAUAUAUUUCAGACCUAUGAAAAAUCUACGGAUUAUUUCGAAAUAAGAUUUUGACAUGUAUAUAAGUACGCGAAAAUGUAAAUUAUGACGACUAUGUAAAUCUAUGUAUAUGUACAUCCUAAGAAAAAGAUUUUUAUAGAAAGAAGGUAUUGAGAAAAAAAAAGCUCAAUAAAUCUUUUGAAAAAAGUA